AUGGACGGGAGCGGCAGCGGCGGCCGGGCGGAUCCGGGCCCGGCCACGGCUCCGGGCGGGGAGGGCGAGGGCUGCGAGGGGCUGUGGGAGCUGCCGGUGGAGCACUGCGAGAGGCGGCCCGUGUGCGGGCGCUGCAGCCGUCCUCAGAAGGUGUGUUUGUGUCCUUUCCUGCCUGUACAUCCGCUUAAGGUCUCUACCUGCUUGUAUAUAAUUCAGCAUCCAGCAGAGGAAAGUCGAGUGUUAAGAACAGUACCUUUGCUAGCGGCUUGUCUCCCUCCAGACAAAUGUAAAAUUUUGGUUGGUCGACGUUUUAAUGAAGACAGGUAUCCUGAACUAGCAACUGUGUGCAGAAAUCCCAAUACUCUAAUUUUGUAUCCCGGAGCUGAAGCAACCAAUUUGGAAGAAGUUGCAGUGAUGUCUUCUAGUUCAUCUGUUAUGAUCAUCAUUGAUGGAACGUGGAGUCAGGCUAAAGAUAUAUUUUACAAAAAUGCUCUCUUCCGCUUUCCCAAGCAGGUGCAGUUAAAACCCAGUAUUUCAAGUCAAUAUGUAAUUCGUACACAACCAACAAACACCUGUCUGUCUACUCUUGAAUGUGCAGCUAUUGCUCUUUCUAUCUUGGAAAAAAAUAAGAGUAUACAAGAGACUAUACUCCAUCCUCUUCAAGCUUUAUGCUCUUUCCAACUUCAGCAUGGUGCCCAGAUCCAUCACAGCAAGGAACAUCUUCUCAAAAAUGGCUUAUAUGACAAGCCCAUGCCAAAGAAUAAACGCAAACUCAGAAGAAUGGAGCUUCUGGUGAAUAAUGUUAAAAUAUAA